CGGAAGUAAUUAGAGAGCUGGGCCGGGAAGUCGGGAUUUGGAUUGUUUGCCGUCGUUUCUCCGCGCUUACAGGUCCUGGCACUGCCAGCGCCGCCGCCGCCGCCGCCAUGGGGAAGCGACAGCAUCAGAAGGACAAGAUGUACAUUACCUGUGCUGAAUACACUCACUUCUAUGGUGGCAAGAAACCAGAUAUCCCACAAGCCAAUUUUCGUCGUUUACCUUUUGAUCACUGCAGUCUCUCUCUGCAGCCCUUCGCCUACCCAGUCUGCACCCCUGAGGGUGUCGUCUUCGACUUGCUUAAUAUCGUCCCUUGGCUUAAGAAGUAUGGGACCAACCCCAGCAACGGUGAGAAACUGGAUGGGAGGUCCCUGAUCAGGCUGAACUUUGCAAAGAACAAGGAAGGAAAGUACCACUGCCCAGUGCUGUUUACCGUGUUCACCAACAACACCCACAUUGUAGCUGUCAGAACCACCGGCAAUGUCUACACCUACGAGGCAGUGGAACAGUUAAAUAUCAAGGCCAAGAACUUCCGAGACCUGCUGACGGACGAGCCCUUCUCUCGGCAGGACAUCAUCACCCUUCAGGACCCCACCAAUUUGGACAAAUUCAACGUCUCUGAUUUCUUUCAUGUGAAGAAUAACAUGAAGAUGACAGAUCCUGAUGAAGAAAAGGCCAAACAGGACCCAUCUUAUUAUUUGAAAAAUACGAACGCCGAGACCCGUGAGACGCUGCAGGAGCUCUACAAGGAGUUCAAAGGGGACGAGGUCCUGGCGGCCACCAUGAAGGUCCCCGAGAAGAAGAAAGUGGACAAGCUGAAUGCUGCACACUAUUCCACCGGGAAGGUCAGCGCCUCCUUUACCUCCACUGCCAUGGUUCCGGAGACCACGCACGAAGCAGCUGCCAUUGAUGAGGACGUGCUGCGCUACCAGUUUGUGAAGAAGAAGGGCUACGUGCGCCUGCACACCAACAAGGGUGACCUCAAUCUGGAGCUGCACUGCGACAUGACGCCGAAGACCUGUGAAAACUUUAUCAAGCUCUGCAAGAAGCAGUACUACGAUGGCACCAUCUUCCACAGGUCCAUCCGGAACUUCGUGAUCCAGGGGGGUGACCCCACCGGCACGGGCACAGGCGGGGAGUCAUACUGGGGAAAACCCUUCAAAGACGAGUUCCGGCCCAACCUCUCGCACACGGGUCGGGGCAUCCUCAGUAUGGCCAACUCAGGGCCCAACGCCAACAAGUCUCAGUUCUUUAUCACCUUUCGAUCCUGUGCGUACCUGGACAAGAAGCACACCAUCUUUGGGCGGGUUGUUGGGGGCUUUGACACGCUGACAGCCAUGGAGAACGUGGAGAGUGACCCCAAAACUGACCGCCCUAAGGAGGAGAUCCGCAUCGACUCCACCACCGUGUUUGUGGACCCCUACGAGGAGGCCGAUGCUCAGAUUGCUGAGGAACGGAAGAAGACACAGCUCGAGGAGGCAGCCCCAGAAAGCGCUAUAAAAACUCAACAGCCCAAGGCGGGGAGCCAAGGCCCCCAGACGUACCGCCAGGGGGUGGGCAAGUACAUCAACCCAGCAGCCACGAAACGGGCAGCAGAGGAAGAGCCUUCAACCAGCACAGCUGUCCCUGCAGCCAAGAAAAAGCCCAGCCGAGGCUUUGGGGACUUCAGCUCCUGGUAGCAGCAGGUCUGCCCCUCUGGAGCCCUAGAGGGACUCAGGGCUGGGGACCUGUAUCCACACCACGGAGUUCUCUGCCUUUCUGACUACAGCUCACUAAAGCUCUUGCUUGUUGCAGGAGUCCCCUUUCUUGGCCCUCGGAGUCCACAGGCCUUCCCCGCCUUCACUUGGUACAGUGGCCCGACCCUCUUCCCAGGCCGGGGCCAAGCCCAAAUGAUAUCUCAGACCACCUGCAAGAUGGGCCUGGGUGGGGGGAAGAAGGCAGAGGCCUCUGCCUUCCUCCCCAGCCCCAUUUUUGUCAUCUCCCUUGGGUACUGUAUGCUCAGCGUUAGCACCUGGGACCUCGUUAGAAAAACAGGCUUGCAGAGCCUGACCUCCUCGCCUGAGGCCGUGGGGAGGACAGCUCCUGGGUGCUGCCACAGACUAGAGAGCUCCUGUUGCCUGUGGCUUGAGGACCCUUGACCAGAGCCUUGACCCGAGUUCCUAAAAGCUCUCCUGCUGCCUUUUGCCUGGACUAGCUGAGGCCUGCCCCCCACCCUUGCCGCCCCCAAAAGGACUCUGGACAGUCAUAGCCAUGUUCCCCCGUGGGCCUGCUCUGGCCCCCUGCCUCAGGAUGGGAAGAAGAGCCCAUGGGAGCAGCUGCCCCCGCCCUUAGGGCCUGACUUUGGGCUCAAACAUUUGACUCCUCACUCAAGCACUAUGGCUUUCAGACCAGCCUCACCAUUGUUUCUGGAUUUAAAAAUCCCUUCUUUUUAUUUUUCUAUAAAUGUCAAAAAAUCCUUAA